AUUUUAACUUUCAAUACAGAGUUUAAGACCGAAAAAAAUCAAAUACAUUUCAACAUGCACCCCGUGCAGAGUUUGAUGAACCACACACAUCUGACUACCACUAAUUCAUUCACUGACAGACGCACCUUGCUGAAAGGUGCGCCUCGGUUGUCGCUGACAUUACACUCGGCUCGCAACUCAACCAAAAUGUCGCACAGAACCGAUUCCACAUCACCUACCGGGUUAAAUGAGAGUAGCACUUCACCACCCGCAUAUUCUGGUGCUGGGAUUGAAAGUUCUCCCGAUUUGCGCGCUACCCGUACAAACGCGCCAGUACAACAGCACAGAUCAUCAUUAACUUCCAUGCGAAGACUAACAGCCACAGCUACAGCUCCCGCGCUCCAAGCACGAAGAUCUGCAGACAGCGCAACUAUGAAUUCUAACGGACAUUUGAGUAGCCCGCGAGGGUCUAGUAUGUCGAGAUUGCCAUCGUUCACGGGUCAUCAACAAAAGCACUUGCAUACCUUAGCGCAAUCGAAUAAACUCGAAGUACCUCAAAGCCCACCGGCACGUAGGGAAGUGUAUGUUAAAAAGGUAAACGCAAAAGCGCCCUUUGGCGCAGACAUCAUACGCAUAGACGAUGAUUUUUUCGUUGCUAAGGUUUAUGAAUCCAUGGACUUAGGAGGCGAAAAGACAGCAGCAUACCGAAUCGGGUUGUCGUUUGGAGAUCGCAUUGUGUCCAUAAACAAACUGGCAGUCGCAGGGUUCCCGGAUUUACAGAAGGUAUUGGACAACACACAUGCCAUGACCGUAGAAUAUCUAGGGCAGCCUUGGUUUGUCAACUGCAAAGCUGAGAUCACAAAGGAUCAUCAGCUGAAAGGUUUAACUCUGAAUGGACGGACAGUUGUAGAUUUAGAAAGGGGAAGCUAUGCCGAUCGUGUUGGUGUGCAUAAGGGAUUUGCUCUCAUAAGUGUCGAUGGAGAGAGCGUUCUGGGUGAAUCCAAUGAAAAAGUGGACCUCCUAAUGAGCCAGUACAGGCAUACCAAACAGACGCAUCUGAUGCUAAUGUUCACAAGGGAGAGUGCAUGGCAGACCCUUGUAAAAGGUAUAGAGCUCGUGAUGUUAACGAGGAACAAGCAGUCGACUGUAUCAAAGUAUGUGACUGACUCUUUGUACAUGGACAAAAAGUUCAAAGAUCCCACUUUAGUAGACAGAGUAGAUCUUGGUGAAACAGCCCCAAAGGGAAGAGGGCGCUUCUUCCGUAGACUCUAGAUAUAGAUAUAAAAAUUAGUUGCGAUAUAUAAAAGCAUAACACAAUACUGUUCUGAACAUCUGAAGUGUGCACUUUCUUCUUCUCCGCAAUAAUCCACAGACAUCCACUGUAGAUCAUAGGCUACCGGACACAUAAUCUUGUAGAUGACGGCAUACAAUUAAAUUUGUUUUCACGACGACCGUUCCGGUUCCCCCUACUUGGAGUUAUACCAAUGCGAUCUCCUCGCCAAAAACACUAUAUACAGCUCAUUAAGACCUGCAACGAAACGAGUGCGUGUUGUGUUGCAUUUGUCAGGCAAGUCCGGCUUGACAAAGGAAGAACAGUAUUUUGCACGUGUUGAGCUGUCAGGUAGGCAAGAGUGUACGUGUUCGCUUCACAGGAAGUCGUUGAUAGUUCGUCCUUCGUAUUCACUAU